UUUGGAGGGUGAGAUUGAGCAGUGAGUAGUAAUGGAGAAGUGUGUUACAAGGUUUCACUUCCAAAAUUGUCCAAAUUGAAUCCAUUUUCUUCAAUUCCUUGUGGGGUUUGUCUCCAGCUUAGAAAUUGCAGUCUUGAUGGUUAGGCCGGGCUCAUGUGCAAUUGUUGCAUUUUAUUAUUAUGAAUUUCAGCUGUUCGGGUUCUAACUCGGUCCAUCUUAUGAAUCCAAGCUUAGAAAAACCCAAUUCAAACAGAAAAGUUUCUCCGCUCUGGUCUGUUUUGUGGUCGUCCAUCGUCGUUAUGCUAUUGCAUACCCGCCAUCUCCGUUUCCUGGGGGGAUUCAAUUUCGAUUUCAAUGUCAUUUGCAAUUUUACAUUUCGAAGACAAUUAAUUAAGGGUUUUGGAAAGGGGAACCCAGAAAAAUGCCUCGAUACAAAAACGAGUCUCCCACAAUUCGCGUUUAUACUGUCUGCGAUGAAUCAAGAUAUUUGAUUGUGAGAAACGUUCCCGCUUUAGGAUGCGGCGAUGAUUUGUUGAAACUUUUUGCUACCUAUGGAGACAUUGAAGAUUUUAAACCUAUGGACGCUGAAGACUCUGAACCAUUUACUGAUGUUUACUGGAUCAAGUUUCGUUCGGUCAGCAAUGCCAGGUUUGCAAAGAGAAAAUUGGAUGAGUUUAUUUUUCUGGGGAAUAAAUUGCAGGUCUCAUGUGCACCUCAGUUUGAGAGCCUUUCUGAUACAAAGGACAAGUUAGAAGGAAGAAGACAGGAAGUACACGCAAGAUUGAACCUUGGAAGAUCCAAAGGGCUUAAAGUUCAUAGUUCGGUUGUUUCAAGUGAGACUUCAUUGCUUACAGCUACCUCACAGACCAUCUACAUUUCUCAGCAUAUAAACUCUAACGAGGUUUUGAACUCUGUAGGAUCACAACAAAUAAACAAUCCUCCUAUAUCACGGGUUUCCUCUGAUCAGGAAUAUUUCCUUUCAGACUCUAUGAAUCAGACUGUUAAAUUGGUCAGGGAAAAGCUCAAUAAGAUUCAAUCCAGUACUGAACAUAUACAAGGUGGGCCUGCUUCCAAGAAGACAAAAAUUGACAAUAGAAGAAGAAUCUAAUGGAACUAUUGUGAUGGAGCAAAUCAUCUAAUUCAGAGUUUAGUUUUUGGACUAGUUUCAGCCGCCCUUGACAUUCUGUCGGUACUAUGAAACCAUAGGUAAUACAAAGUGGCUGACUGUUACUAUUUUGAGCUCUUUUCCACGUGAGGUUGUGUAAAAUGUGUAUAAACAACUGCUUGAUGCGACUCUGAUUUAUUAAUGAGUCAAAGAAGAUAAUUUUGCCCAUGAUAUGAUAAUUAUUUUCAGGUGAUUUUGUCCUUUC